GUGUGUUUGGCCGCGUGAAGCCCUGUCGAGUUUCGACUAUCUGGCAACCCUGUGGGCCCACUAGCGAUGGACUGGAUAGACUGUUGUUCCGUAUGUUUAUGAUCGGGUUUAUUAAAACGCUAUGGAAUUGCAAGCUGUAAUAUUAGCUGCAGGUCGGGGGUCACGGAUGACUGACCUCACAGCCAGCUUACCAAAAGCUUUGUUACCUGUUGCAAAUAAACCAAUGAUAUGGUAUCCAAUCAGCAUGCUGGAGAAGGCAGGAUUUGAUGAGGUGAUCAUAUUAACUUUGGAUAGUACAAAAGGCGCCAUCUAUCGGGCGUUAAAAUCUACACAAAUUCAAAUCAAAAUGGAUUUUGUCACAGUGUCUAGUGAGGAAGACUUGGGUACAGCAGACUCCCUCCGGAUCCUUAAUGAACAACGCAAAAUUAAGACUGACAUCCUUGUAGUGAGCUGUGACCUAAUAACUGACAUUGCUCUUCAUAAACUUGUUGAUGUGCACCGGACGUAUGACUCUACCAUGACGGCCCUGAUGAUGGCACUACCAGAGCAGUCCUCUGAAUCUCUUACUAUCCCAGGAACGAAAUCCAAAAAGAAAUUAGAAUCUCGGGAUUUAGUUGGCUUAGAUGAGAAAGGCCAGCGUCUAGUUUUUAUGGCUGCCGAAGAGGACAUUGAGGAGUUUCUAACUGUACGGAAGUCAAUUCUUGAAAAGCAUCCAUUUAUUAAAGUUGGCACAAGUUUACUAGAUGCCCAUAUGUAUAUAUUUAAGAAAUGGGUGAUUGAUUAUUUAUCAGAACAUAAAAAUAUUUCAUCUGUAAAAGGAGAAUUGAUUCCUUGUUUAGUGAAGAAGCAAUUUAUUAAGAAACGAGCUGAAGAUGUUGAUGAUGAAGGCUCUAUGGAGCAUGCUACACACAAUCACAAUUAUUCCAGUGUUGAUGCGCUGAAGCAGAAGACACUUGAAAUGUCAUCAUGGACUGGGGAUGAGGGAGGGAUUACAAAUGGUUGCAUAGCUAACAUUGAUGCUAUCAAAUGCCACGUAUAUGUCAUGGAUAGUGGUUUCUGCUCACGGGCAAACUCUCUGGCUGCGUACUGUGAUGUUAAUAGACAGAUUCUUCAGAGUAAACAUGUUUUAGAAGAAGAAAAUUUUGUGCAUUCAACAGCCAAAGUAAAACCAAAAACACAGGUUGGUCAGGAUUCAAUGGUAGGCGAGGAAAGCUCAGUUGGUGAGAAGGUUUCUGUUAAAAGAUCGGUAAUUGGUCAACAUUGUAACAUUGGAGAUAAGGUGAAAAUAGCCAACUCAAUAAUUAUGGACCAUGUCACUAUUAAGGAAGGGUGUGUUAUACAUGGCAGUGUUAUUUGUGGAAAUGCAAGUCUCAGUGAACAAGUGGAACUUAAAGAUUGUCUGGUUGGAAGCAAGCAAACAUUACCUGAAAAAGCUAAAUUCAGCAAUGAAAUUAUUAUUGACAACAACUACAUGAUGGAGAUAUGAGAGCAGUUUCGCUAAGUAAAGUAAAUUGAAGUAUGAACACUCAGUCAUUGGUAAAAGCAUGUCCGUCAUUGGUUAUAGCGCCUCCAUUGGCAUAUACUAUCACAAAUUGGAAAGAGGCAGGCAUAUUUGGUAUUGUAGAAGAAGCAGUGCUUUGGCAACACCAUUCGUGUCAUCCAGUCCUGCUAUGGAUAAUGAGGUGGUUAUUACAGCAACUGUUUCCAUAAUUAAUAACAGUGUUUGAAAGUGAAAAUGUGUCUGAUGCAAAUUAACUUACUAGGUGAGACACCAAGAGACAUUUGUGUAUUUUCACAUCUAAUAUGUCUGUAUGCUUGUGUGAGAGCGCCACCCAGUAGUGUAAUGUUUGUAAGCUCUCUGUGGCAGAACCAAGGCUUUGACUUCUACCCAGCACUGUAAUACAUAGUCUUGACCAGUGUGCUCUCAUAGGGAAAUCUCCAUUUUCAAAGUUCAGAAAUGGCCUCUUACCCCACUACUCUGCUACAUUACUUUCCAGUAGAAGUCACCCAAAAAUAAGAAAACUAAAACAGUGUAAUUCUCAAUUUUAACUCAGCCAUUUUAUGUAGAGUAUUUACUGACAUAUAAUGGCCCCCAACAUAUUCAUCCUCCAAUUCUCUCCCCCCCCCCAUACAUAGCCCUUGACUCACUGUUUCACCACUUGUGCCACCAUGUUAGGAUUUGCUCGGUAUUGUUCAAUGCAUGCUAUAGAAUUCUAUUAUAAGUGUUCUUGCUAUUUAGCAUUAUUUAUGUCCCCCCAAAUUGAAACCAUCUGCUGGCCCAUGGCCUAAUGUUUUUGGUACCUGUGCGAUUAUGCUAAUUAUUCAUUUACAUAAUUAAUACUUAAUUAUUGAGUGCAUUUGCAAUGUAGACUUCCAUAAUUCCCAAUAAUUUACAUGAAAUAAUGUUGAUACUUGAUAUUUUUGAAUGUAAACAAAAUCUGCAAUUCAGUUCGCAGUUGGUUUGGAAAUAUUUUUAUUAUUAUUAUACUUUUUAAAAUUAAUAAACUGUUAAGUAAAUAUCAGUUUAAUGUAUUUCAUGUUGUUUAAUGAAAUAAAAGUUUCAAACUGUUGCAGUUAAAACUAAUCCAAUCCGAAACUCACAAUAAAUUGGACUUGUGACCAGCAGAGCGAGUUGAUCAGCAACCAAAUUCAAGUGAUCUGUGUUUGACACAGUACAGUUUUUCAUGCUUUAGUAAAAAAAAUUAAUCAGAAAUCGCUUUAGGCGUUCUGUAAUGUCUGUUCAUGUUAUCGUCUGGGGCUUAAGCCUAGUAUGUGUAGGUAGGUCUUUCUAUUAGACGUGAGGUGCAAAAUGAGCUUGCAACAACUCUACGUAGCACCUUCUAUAAUUUUUGUUAAACUCCUUUGUCAACGUUCGUCGUACAUAUUUUGUGAAAAAAUUACAUCGCAGGGAGGUAAUAUUUUACUACAUAGCACAUAAGGAGUUAUUCUAAUAAAUUUAUAUAAAUUUAAUAGUUAAAUGCGCAUCGAGUGAGAGAAAUUUGAGGGCAUACCUACACAUAGAUAUUUUACCUAGAAUCAGGUCACCAUGCAUGCAGUUGCAUAAUGGUGGCACUGGAGGCUCUGCCUUCUGACUGGGGCCAUUUUGCAUCAUGGUCACCAAUUCCAUCGUGGGAUUUUUGAUGUGUUCAUUUUUUAAUCAUGUUCGUCAUUGUAUUCUAAAUUGUUUUAUGAUGAUAUCGGUGCGAAUCCGCUAACUUGAAAUGGAGGAGCUCAGGGAGGGUCUAUACCACCUUAGCCCCACUGUGGUUCGUGUUUACCUGUAUGGCACCUCCAGGUGGCCGGAAGUAGCACUCACAAGCUUAAAAAUAUAUUUUCUUUUUAUCUCCAUUUUUUUAAAUGUCUCCUCCCCACCAACUUUAAUGGUCACUGGAUAUAAUAUGGUAUAUGGCAGUCUGCUGUUAUGUAUCAACAAAGCUCCUUUCGGUCAGUUUGUCUAGACCUUCCUGGCCCUAAUGGUUAUUGGCCCCGCGGACUGCAGCACGAGAGCAUGUAGGCAUUACGCCACUGCAUUUUCCCAAGUUAGGUCACAUGACUCGUAUUCGUAUGUUGUACUUGUUUUUCUUAGUAAUAUUAUAUGCCUGUGAAUAACCACAUUUAGUCGGUUAUAUCAAAUUGUAAUAGAACGUAACCCUGCAUUUUAUUAUUUAAAAAAAAUAACCUAAUACUUCAAAACGAUGCUUUAAUCUCGUAUUUCUAGUACUAUUUGUACAUUAAUCAUGUACCUUAUCACUUGACUUGUAUGACCUUUUUACCACAUUUUCUGCAACCUAUACUUUCCUAAAAUAUAUUUAGUGUCCUCACGAAUGUCACGAUGUAAGUUUCAGCACAAAAAUUCUGGAAUUCAGUGGAAAUAAAUUAUGCAAACCAGUGGUAAA